AGCGGAGUUUCAGGUUUUUGCGCAACCCCCAAAAUGAGUUCUUUGUUUGAGUUAAUAAAUAUUUUCCUAUGAAUACUUUCCCCAUGAUGCUUACAAAAAAGAUAGGCUCGAUGAAGUGUAGUGGACACCUUUACUUUAGGUGGUGUGUCCUCGUGAGUAAGUUGAAUGUUUUACUAAUGAACGAUUGAGAGUCAGACUCUCAAUCUUGUAGACUGUCUACAAGAUCUCCUAUAACCUUACAGAACGCUUCACCAUGCUAAUGCAUCCUUGUUGACGACCAGAACCAUGGCGUUAAAAGAAAGUAGCGCUUUAAAUGUCUUGCUCUUGGUCUAUCUGGCUGGCUCGCUGCUUCUCGUCGUUCAGCGUCAAGCAGAGGCGCUCUCAAAGUGGUCCUUUGUGUGUCACAGGCUUGGGCCCCUAUCUCAAAGUCUCCUGGUGGCUCUGUUGCUGACUCCAGCAUCUUUGUUUCCUACUGCGGAAUUGAUCGCGCGGAAAGGCAAUGCAUCAUGGCUGUCCGCAAGUGCAGUAGUCGGGGCAACCGCCUUCGCGCUCUUGUUUGCUCGUGGAUGGGCCCGUUUGCAUCGGAGCUUCUUCGAGAUCUCAACGGCGCAUUUUUUGGAAUUGAUCGACGGCGCUGCGAGUAGAAACAAGAAGGAGAAUGCGAAUGGCCUAGUACCUGAAGGUGGUGAUGCUGAUGGCGACAAGGCGUCCACCAAGCAUGAACUUGAUCGAGACGUCGCUGUGGAGAACGCUCGCUCUGCUGAAAAUGCCGAGCAUUUGCACGAGCGGGAAAGCGUGCGUCAGCAACAACAGACUUUGGUUUUCACGGUGGCUGCGGUUGCUUGGAUGCUGGUUGUAUUCGUGCCUUCAGGCGGGGGACCAAGCCAACUCAUGGCCGCAGUCGGGCUAUCUUUGUUUGUGAUAGACUGCGCGAUGUGCUGGGUGUUAUUGCCUUCAGGGAACCACAGUCGUUUGCCUGAUCAUGCUGCGCGAGACGAGGACAAUAAAGCGGCUGAGAGUCGUCCACUUCGUACAAGGAGUGACGACGAGCACUCAAUCGCAUCUAGUCUUGUAGGUGCAGCUGAACUACAAAAUGUAAAUGAUUUGGUCAUGUCUCCAGGGUCACCCAAAGCGAAAGACACAUUCGCUAUGGCGAAUUCCAGGAGCAUUUUCGCACGUAGAUCCCACGGCCUUCGUGUGCUGGCACGUUACGAGCUGCCGCAACGAACUGCGAGCAUACUGACACGUCGGCAAGGAGAGAUGAAUAAUGGCGACUUAUCGUGUUGCUCAAAGAGCCUGUGGAUUCGGCAGAUCCGCGAAAGCUUUUUUCCAGGUGGUCUGUCGUUGAGUGAGGCACUAAAGUCUCCUCAUGAUGCGGAUAUACUCCAACAUCUCCACGAUGGUGAACAGGGGAUACAUCCAACAGCGGUAGACGGGAACAAGGACGCAUCGGACUCAAAGAACAAGGACGCAUCGUCCAACAAGGCGAACAAGAAGAAUAUGCCGGAUGCGAUUGACAGAGGGAUACAUCUGGCCUUAAUGCCGUUGAAAAUCGCUGCCGCGGUCCUGAUGCCACCAGUAGGGAUGAUGCCGCACCCCAUUUGCUCAGUACUCUUAGCUGGCGGCGCUCAGUUUGCGCUUCUGUUGCUCUAUCACGAAGUAGUCGAGAAUUUGCUCCUUCUACAGGAAGGUGCUAUUUCAGAGAUCUUUGUCGGAGUAGUGCUGUGUGGGGUAGGGUUGGCCUUGCCAGAACUAGGAGGAAAGCCUGAUUAUGGUACAGGAGUAGAUGGUGGAGAAAAGAGUCUACUUCACAUGGAUCAUAGAGACGAUGGAAUUCGUGGAACAAAUGCUGGGGAAGGAGAAAAGAGUCUCGAAGACGAUUUUGCUUUGGAUAUCGUGGCCUCAGCAGAUACCAAGGGUGAACCGACAUCAACCGAAAAGGGCAGGGAAAGCACAGCCUCUCAUGGUCCUAUGAUGGAAAUGACUAUGACACCCUGGAGUUGGAUCGUAUAUUUAGGCCUUGGCGGGCCCUGGCUAGCGGGUACUCUUUGGGAUGCAGAAGAUGCCGAUCGCAGUUUCGCUGAGACCUUCACAUUGCACAGCUUACUUUCGAACGGAGGGUACGCUCACAAGAUUUCCGAGAAGAACAUGCGGGAGGCCUUUGUAAGCAUUCUUGCAACGUUUCUGGCAUGUUUGUUGUUCUCUUUAGUGCUGCUGCGAUGGUCUAGAACAACUACUUCUGCAGAGAGCACUAAAGGUCUAGCGACGAAAAUGGGAGACAAUGCUGCGGUGGUCACGGGUGUCAAAGACAAAGACGAAAGAGUCACUGAUCCAAGUAGAGUCACUGAUACAGGAGAAGCCGCAGUACCUCGAAUUCCGACGUCUUCUGCUUUGGUCCCUGCUCUUUCGCCGACCGUAGCUGUGAACCACACGAAAGUCCUUGCGCGUCGCUAUUUUGCAGCGGCGUCCGCUGGCCGUCCCGCAGGUGCCGGACUCGUUGGAGCUUACUUGACCUGGCUUGCCAUUGCUUUGUGGCGCGCUCAAGCGGCUCAUGGGAGCACCAUAGACACUUCGAACGACGAAGUCCUUGUUUACUUGAUCGGCUCGUUGGUGGCACUACCAGUUCUAGGUGUGCCCCUGGGAGCGAUGCUGGCGUUCGCCGCACGCGUUGCUGAAGGACUGGCAGUAUUGAGAGACCGUCCUAUAUUGCAGGAGGCCCUACAACGACGGACAGAGGCUUUAGAGGCACUACAGGACAAGAAGGAGGAGGACGAAGUACAUCCUGAGGAGAGAAAAACUACUGGUCCUGCUCAAAGUGGUCCACAGGAAAGCAGGGAUAAGAUCCAGGAAGUCCCGCUUCAAGAUUCAUCGAAGAAGCCGUCAAAUAAAUCAUCGCAAGAUCAUUCUAAGAAGCCGUCGAAAUCCUCGCAAGAUUCGGGACAUCCUGCGAUAUCUGAUGGCGAAGCUGCCCAACGUAAAGGUUCACAAAUGAAGGAGAAGGACAUGAAACUUGGCGACAAAGACAAAGUUUCUUCUACAAAAGCAAAAAGUCCUAGUGCUGCAACAAGUGAUCGGGAUUCUACAGCCGUCGGACAACAAGCGGAAAGGGCUUCUGAGCAACUGAGGGAGUCAGAAUUUCUUUCCAGGGAUUCAACGAAGCUGCGAGAAACCGCGAUAGAAAUAGACGAUGGCGCGGAGCGGCCUACGAUCCGGUUUGAGUUGAAACGCAAAUCUCGGCAAUCAUCGCGGCAACCAGAAACAGCACAGCGGAGCAAGUCCCCGCCCCCCAAAGCGAGCCACCACGUAGCGGAUUUGGCUAAAAAGUUUGAGGCCAAGGCACACGAAGGGCAAGAGGAGAAGGAGGGAACCACGACUGCUGUGGCGGAAGCGGCGCCAGGGGCGACUAAAAAGCGGAUGAAAGUGAAAAUUCCCGAUAUUUUUAGGACUGCUAAGGCGGAGAGGAGAUCCGCAAGAAAACUGGAUGGAAAAGCUUCGAGAAGGGCAAAGGGUAGCAAGGUUAGAGUGAAGAUCAGCACCUUUAGCGCUGGCAAGGCAGAUGACGAGUUAGAUUCUCAAUCGAGUAAAACGAGCAGCAUGAGCAAAGUGAGCAGCGUGAGCAAGGCUAGCAGCGUAAGUAAAGCUAGCGCCUUCAGUAAGGUUUCUGGGGUAAGCAAAGCGAGUGGCCGAUCUGAGAAAGACCGCCAAACUGAGACACACAUGGUAGGGCUUGAUCUGGAUGAAUUCAGAACAUCCGAAGGUCCUCAACAUCCCGUUACAACAUUACUAGACAAGUAUAAAAAGGAGCAUGUUGCAGGGCCAGGUGGUGCGGGAUCGCACAUCUUGUCAGAGGGCAGAACGAUGGUCCAGCAGGCUGAUAAAAUGUCGCACGUUUCAUCGGCGCAGAGCAGAGCCGAGAGUGGCACUACGGCAUUAGCGUUUGCUACUCCUAGAAAACAUAAAACGCGAAAGAGGACGCAUGAGGACCACAGCAGUGAUGAUGAGAUAACUGAAGAUGAAAUUCAGGUGGUCCAUCGUGGUAGUACCUAUUUUCGAGAUUCGUCAUUGCGUGGCUCAAGCAGAAGGGCAGGAACCAUGCGGCACGGGACGACCACGCGGCAUGACAGCCGCACUACAGCAGGUCGUCUACGCGAACAUGGGGUCGACGAACUUGGUGCUUCCAGUGCGUCGGACCACCACGGCUUUGGUGUUGACGCGGGUGCGCCUAGUGAUGGCCGUAGUCCGGCAUAUGUCCCGCAUGCGACCAAGACGUUCGAAGAGUUAUUUCUCUAUAGUGACGAGGAAGAUAGUGACUUGGAAUAUGUGAUCAAUUUUCAGAAAGCACGCUCUAGACGUAAGGCACGAGCAGAGGCAUCGCGAAUAGAACGUCAUUCUAGUCAACAUAUGAGCGGAACCGAUCAUCCUUCUGAAGGUGCUUCAAAAGCGGAUGGAAAGCGGCCAGAGGCAGGCACGAUGAGUAAUCAGAGUGCUAAAAGUAGGUCUUCUACGAGUGAGAGCGAUGAAGAUUCGACUGAUGAAGAUUCCUCUGAUGUGAUUGAAGAGGAAGACCCUGUUGUAGCCGAUAUGGUAGAAGUCGACGUGACGGGGAUCGUAGCCCAUGUGAGGAACCUGUCCACUGUGCACAUUCGGCGGCGUGCACACGGUUCGGGAGGAAGCAGGGUGGUGGGCACCAAGCGGUCUGCUAGCCUGGAGACAGAGAAUAUCAAAGACAGUAGAGUUACUGACCUUCAUCGUGGAGAUGACCCUUUGGUCACAAGCAGACUUGGAGGAGACUCAAGGCUUACAGAGCACGAAUUGAUAGGGGAGGAAGAGAGGCGUAGUAGUCGAGGAACGGCAGUGGAGAGAGCUUCCUCAAUGAGACAGAGCAUUAGAGAGAGUCGCAAAAGCCAUCAUAAGCGGGGACCUCGACCAGGAUCCAUAGAGGAAACAACCGAGAUCUUAGAGGCUGAGGCAGCAGCUCUCGCGCUGGAAGACGAAUUACUUGCGAACGCUCGGAAGGAGGCAGACGUGGAACCUUCUCCUUCAGCAAGCGAGCAGCAAAGUAAACAAGCAGAUGAUGAAGAUAGGGCAAGAGAUCCUGCUAGAGACGAUAAUGCUAAAAACGGAUCUACUGCAGGAGGAGCAGGCACCGCCACUGCCUCUAAAACUAGCACAGAAAUUUCGAUGGCACCAGAUCAUGAGCGGUUAUUUUCCAAGGGAGCCACGUCAAGUGUUGAUGAGCUUUCCUCUUCUGUUGAGCGAGCACUGGUUCCAAAAGUUGUCGCGGGACCAGACUUGGUAGAUGGUCUCAAAAGGGAUCGAACUUCACGGAUCUCCUUGCCACCAGAGAUUCGACGUUCGAGGGCCAAAAAAAGGCUUGCGGAUUUAGAUGAAGAAAUUAUGAAUCAUCCCGAUCCAGUAGACCCUGAAACACACGAAGGGCAUGAAGACCACCACGAAGGGCAUGAAGACCACCACCGAGGGCAUUAUUACGAAGAUCACGGCCAUUGGUGGUAUGGUGGAGACGAGCAUCAUGAAGAUCAUGCUGCUGAACACCAUGAAGAGGAUGCUGCUGUCGAGCAUCACGAGGACGUGUCGAAGCCGAAGGAUGCUGUUGCCGCGGAGCAGGAUGAUCAUGACAAGGGAAAGGGUGAAGUAGUAACGCCUGCACCUUCUACAACUGAGGCCGUAGAGGAGACUAGGACUAGGACUUCCAAGAAGAAAAGACGAUCAACUAGAACUAGUGUUUCCUCUAGCAUCGAUGAGGAACGUGAAACUACUGCAUUGGCUGCUGCUGACGUGGCUGCAGAACACCUGCAAGAGGAAGAGCGUAAAAGCCCGACGCGCACUAGUAAGAAAACGGUCACCUUUGGUCACACGGAGACUGUACAGCAUACUGCAGGAUCCGAGAAGGACUCUGACGCAGCGUUGAAUCAGUCACAACCCAAGACGAUUCGCGGAGAGGACAGUAAGGCGACCGCAGCAGGAGAUGUAGACGUAGGCUCGAGCAUUGUAAAAGAUGUGACCGUAGCUCAUGCUGAUCUCUUGUCUGAAACAACUACUACAGCAGGCAAAAGCACUGGAAAAACAAAAGGAAAGCUUCCACCCGUGCCUGGUGAUGGAAAA